UUUGUCACAGAGAGUGUGUGCAACCCCACAGCAUGUCUGUAUGUGAUUAUUAUUGCAUGUUGAUUGAUCAUACAUUCUUGUUUUUUAUUUUUCAUAGUUCAGUGUGCCGUAGCAAAGAGGUGCAUGGCUGAGUAGACCUGUAUCAAGUGAUGUUAUAGAUCAUAUGUAAUCUUUGAUGUGUGACAGAUGGGUAGAAAAGAAUCUCUAGGUCAGUGGUUUCCAACCUGUGGUCCAUGGGGGUACUGCAGGUGGUCCGUGAAUUAUUUUAAUAUCUUUAUUUUUAGAGUAUAUUUAUUUUUAGAUCAUUUUUUUCUUCCAAAAAUAAAUAACCGUUUAGGAAGUAUAAUGGUGUUAUAAGCAAUUUUACAUGACUUUUCACAAACACAUUUUUAACAAUAAUAAUAAUAGGCCUUUAAUUUGUUACAUUCACUGCAAAUAUGACCACAAAUAUAUUUUAUGUUAAAAAAAAAACUAAAUCCGCUGGUGCUGUGUGGACUAAGCUAGUAGGGCCUUGCAAGGACUAGCCGAGUUCGGUGUGGACGGCAAUGGGUCCACCAGGCGGGCCUGUACACUGUAGCUGUAUGGGUAUCAGGAGGUGAGGCAUGUCUGAACCAAUCAGCAGCAGAGGUUGGGCUUGGGCUACCGGUGGCAAAGGCAGCUUACGGAGGUGGUCGUGUUGCUUUUGGUGGGAGUGUUUGGAAAGGCCUAGGUUGUCUGCGGUCUUAUCUGAUACUUCUUGAAAGGAUUGAGCAGGGGGAACAUGUCAAAGGUAACUGAGGCACCUUGCAGUUGCACAACGUCUUGUCGAACUGUCAUGAGGGUGAAGGUCUCAGGCUUAGAAUUGAGGUUAAGUUGUUGAACAGCCUGUGGCAUUACUUUCGCUGAUUGGUUGGGUCUGUUCAGGUACACCUUGGUCUUCGGGAUACUCACCAUGAUCACGCUUUUCUGGUUUUCCUGUAUGGCAUCAUGAAGGAUCGUUAGGUGUUGCUCUUUACAUGUCUUGCAAGGUCGUCGGAGAGUGCAAGCAUCAGCUUUGUGGGAUCGUCCACACUUCCAACACCUUUUUCCAUCCCUUAACCACUUGACGAUUUGUCCUGUGUUCAGCUUCUUGAACUCUUCACAUGUGUUGAGAAAGUGUUCUUUACUGUCACAGUAUGGCUUGGAUUUGGAUUUCUCCCUUGGAUUGAGCAGGCUCCUUUGGGUUUGAAUCUUCACUUGCGUUGAAAAGGAUUGAAGCAGAUUUAUCCUUCUGUCUCGUUAAGGCACGGUGGUCUUUCUUGAAUGGCUAAGGCAUAUCACAUUGAUAGAGGGCUGUGGCUCUGCUUGAUAUGCGGUUAGCCUGGGACUUGUAGGGUGUCGUGUAGGGUGUACGUCUGUUCAGUGCCAGUCCUCAGGAUGCCGCAAUCUAAGCAGUACUCAACGAAUUCAUCCCGGUAGCUUGCUCAAGAGAUGGUCGACGUGGGAUCUACAUCUGAGCUCAUAGCCAUUCUGCCCCUCAAGGGUCCUGAGCAUGAUAGGGCAAAGGUGUCGAAGGCUUCUGCAUCUCCGAACCUGAUGGCAGGGGAGUUUAGGAUGGUGGCUAGCUCACACUGGACGAGUUGGCGGGGCUGACCGUACUUGUCCUGCAGGGUUUUUAAGGCAACAGUGUGAGGUCUCGGGUCGUGCAUGUAGGCCUUAGCAAGCUGGACUGCACUCUGUAGUUUCAGGUGGGCCAGGAGCACUUGAUACUUAUACCGCUCGUUUAGGUGUCUGUGACUGCUCAUCAGGUAUCUAGGGCCAUCUUGAGGAGGGCAAAAGUCACUCUCUCUACCCCUCUCAAAGUAGGGCAAAGACUGCUUCGGCAUGCCGUAUGAUGGAGCAGGAUAUGGUGCUGCUGGAUUGGGAUAGGGCACGCUUAAACCUGGAUGGAAGCCUGGUGCUGCUGGGACUGGAUAAGGUAUGCUUUGUCCCGCAGUUAAGUAGGGUUCACCUGGAACAGGGUAUGGGUGUGAAACCACAGGAGCUGGAGCAGGGUGUGGAACCACAGGAGCUGGAGCAGGGUGCGGAACCACAGGAGCUGUAGCAGGGUGCGGAACCACGGGAGCUGUAGCAGGGUGCGGAACCACAGGAGCUGUAGCAAGAUGCGGAACCACGGGAGCUGGAGCAGGGUGCGGAACCACAGGUGCUGGAGCUUGGUGCGGAACCACGGGAGCUGGAGCAGGGUGCGGAACCACAGGUGCUGGAGCUUGGUGCGGAACCACGAGAGCUGGAGCAGGGUGCGGAACCACAGGAGCUGCUGAUGAGUGCCUCGGGUAGGCAGGGAGAAGAUGAUGUGAGUCUUCAUAGGCUCCGCCUCUUUCUCCUAGGUUGGCGUGUUGUGGUUGUGUCAGUGGGACAGACGCAAAGCUGUCACAUGAUUCAUCAGACAGUGCUGGUGAGGGGCUCCUCUGCUCUGACUGAGUCAUCUGGGUUCUGGCUGCAUCAACGCCUUCAUCUCUUUCUUUAAGAAAGGAUGUGACAAGCUUGGCUAGAUCUAGCUCAUUAGCUACCUUCUGUAGAUGCCGCUGCCUGUUCAAUUGUGUAGCUAUUGGUUCUCCGGCCCAAUGAGCUUCCUCCUGUCGACACUGAGUUUCUUCCUGUUGUCGCUGAACUUCUCUGGCUUCGGCUGCUAUGCGUCGACACUACGUCAACGUUGUGUACUUGCUCUAGCUGGCGUUGUAGGUCAUUAAACUCCAUGAGCUUCAUUCUUUUCUCCAACAUAGCUGCUUGGAAGUGGGAUAGAUCUGGGAAGCGACUCACCGAUAAGCUGGCACUAUAUCUGGAUCUGGUAGCACUCCUCUCUGAUCGGAUGUCCGCUCGACUACUCCUUCGUCCUAAUGAGGGGGGUGUCUGAGUGGUGGGGAGAUAUUCAACAGUAUAAUCGCCCAGGUGAGCUAGGGGAUGUCUGUCUUGGAUGGGUCCGUAUUUGUCGGAUCCAUAUCUUCAGGUGGUUUACACAAUCCAACUCUAAGGACCAUGAAUUAGAGGAUGAUGCCUCUGGAAUUUAUUCAGUGAUUGAGUAGGUGAAGUUAUGGAGAUUGUACUCCUAUUAGAGAGAUGGUGGGAGAGACAGUUCCGCAGUUUAGGAUUCUUUAAUGUUGAUUGGAGAUUAACAAUGUUUGCAAUUUUGUGUCAUGUCAUUCAGAUUUGAUUAUCCAAUUAACUGUCCAUUUAUCCAUACAAGAUGUGGUCUGAAAAUAAUAAGCAUCAAUACUAAGAUAAGGCACAUUCAGCAUAAAAAAUGAAACACAUAAUGCUGUAAUAAUUAUGAAAAUAUUCUUAAACUAUUGACAACUUCGUCAGUAAAACAGGGGGAAAACAUAAACCUUACAGUUUUGGUAUUCACGCACAGUGAUGAAUACAUUGGUCAGAAAAUAAAUAAUGUCCAAAACUGAGAGUUGUGUUCACAGCUAUAGGUGGCAAGCUGCGCUUGGUAAUGAACUAAACACUGCCAGCUUGCGACAGCUGUGACAUCAUCACUGAGCUCUUAAAGGGACAGGCUUUCUUACAGCUGCUGUAGGUCACUUGUAGUCCACCUAUAUGACUCCACCUCUUCUGAAACCAGGGCUUCCAGGGGAGAAUGAGGGCUUCUGUGGCUUCCCUCUCAUUGAAGCCACGGGAGUUCAAGGCCGACCACGGUACUGCAGGCAUUGUCAGCAAACACUGUAGUGAAUGGGAAAAUGGCAAUCUUUGUGAAAAUAUAUUUUUUUAGAAGACAAUCAUGUUACGUAAUUGCUUCUAAUACACCAGAUGUAUGUUCUUUAACCAAUUAUUUUAAAAUUGCACACAAAAUAAAUUCUAAGGAUUAUUGAAUUGCUAAUAGCAGCCUGCAGUACCCCAGCCACCUUCAACUGGAGUUACUCAAUGAGAGGGGGCAGCACUGAGCUAGCCUGCAAUGUCACUUCCUGGAGUACCUCAAACUGUGCAUGUUAUGUACCCAUGAGAUGCCAUCUUAAUCGACACCAUUUGGCUUCAAUGUGCUAUUGAGUCUUCACAUAGGAAUGAUUGGUGUCACGUGAUCGAUGGCUGUCCAUUCAAUGGCUGAAUCAACAUGUAUAUAGCCACUAACAACAACAUUUGUGAUGGCUUUUUUCUUUCCAAUGUAUUGCUUUAUUGACAGUGACACACCUUCCAUGACCACAACCACAAUCUAUUAUGUUUAGGCUAUCCUUGCACAUUCAAGUGGUCACAUGUACCUUUCAGUUUCCAGAGCCACUCUGAAUGUCAUGAAUAAAUCAGGGGGGUAUUUCAUUUAUGGAGGUCGGCGGACAAACAAUGCGUUUGGUAAGUGAGCUGUUCUUGCUGUCACUGGCAUCUUAUAGGCUGAUUCUCAUAGAGUGAGGACUACUAUGUAGCCUACUUAAUGUCAUGUGACCCAUUGUGUUCUUGCUCUGUAUCUACUGCUGCAGUGGGUUGGUGUUCUGUCUGAGACUAUCUCGCUGCCACACAUAGUGUGUGUGUUAGUGUGUGUUAGAGAUAUACAUUGUUCUACCUGCAUUUUCUGAGGCAGAGGGGCAUGAUAGGUUAGUUUGAAGAGUAGAAAAGCCCACCCUUCCCCUCCAUAACAUACAGUAGUUGAAAGGGAAGAUGCAAGGAGGGAAUGGAGCAGGGAGUCAUGGGAUAGAAAGGGGGUUGGACUAGGGGACUGAAAUGUAUUGCUAAGCAACAGGAAAGUAGACAUGGAUUGGGGUAGAAAGUUGGUUCCCACCGACUGCCUAUGGUUUAGUAUGGUUAUGAUGUCGGCUGUGAUGUCUGGGGACUGGGGGGCAGGAGGUGGACAGGUACUCAGUGUGAGCCAGUUCCCUCACCCCCUUCUGGCUCCAUGUCAAUUCCCCCUCCCAGUCGGGCCACAGGGUUCGGUGUUAGAUGGAGACAGUCUGUGAUCAGAGGGGGGAUGAGGGAAGGGGUUGUGAAGGAAAACAAACACAGGUCUCUCAUCUUCUCAUUCUACAUUUGCAUCAGUUACACAACCAGCCCAGCAGACUGCACAUUCCUCUCUCUUGUAAUUGCUCUCCCAUCUGUUCAAUCUCUUUAUCUAACAAAUGCUCUCCCAUCCCUUCCACGUGAUUUGUGGUUACUAAUCAGGUUAAUGGAUCAAAUGCAGCAGAAACAAAGCAGCAUAGAUCCAGCAAGACUCUCUGGACAACCUGGGUUGAAUGCUGUUCCAGGACCUGCUCUACCCCUGCAACCAACAGCCCAGGACACCUCUAUGACCUGUCCCAUAGUAGGGUCUGGGAAACUCCCAGGAAUGGGUCCAGUUCAGGCCUCAGGUGUACGUGAGAUGCCAGACCCGGUGAGGCCGGAGAAUGUACAGCCUGGGUCCAGUGCUGCAGUUCCAGUCAAUAUCAGCCGUCCCAGACCUACUGCACUGAAUUCCUCCAGAGGUCCAGAGGCUGAUAUGAAGGAUAAGGCCUUUAUUCCAAACCGCAUUCCUGGACCACACAGCCCCAUCUCCCUGUCCCAGUCCCCUACAGAGUCUUCCCUGUUGUCCCGCAGCCCUCAGAGUCCUCAUAGCAGUCAGCCUUACACAGGCCAGUCUUACCUCAUCCCACAGCCUAACCUGCCUCAGCCAUGCCUCACCCCGCCAUCCAGCCUCAGCCCUAAACCAGGCUCCAGUCCACAACCCCAGAGGACCAGAUCCCCUGGGGGCGCUGUGAAGAACCAGCCACAGACCGACAAGACUGAAGGAGAAACAGAUUACGGCUUCAGGGUUCACAUUGUCACAUGGAAUGUGGGCUCUGCUCUUCCUCCUGAUGACAUCACCUCUCUGUUUGGGCCGCAUGCUGGCGAUGGGAGCACAGACAUGUUUAUCAUUGGGCUACAGGAAGUGAACUCUAUGAUUAACAAGCGGCUGAAGGAUGCUCUCUUCACUGACCAGUGGAGUGAACUCUGCAUGGACACACUGAGUCGAUUUGGAUAUGUGCUGGUGACGUCCCAGCGUAUGCAGGGGGUGCUGUUGCUGGUGUUUUCAAAAUUUUGUCAUCUUCCAUUUCUGAGGGGUUUGCAGACAGAGAAAACACGCACAGGCCUCGGGGGCUACUGGGGUAAUAAAGGGGGUGUAAGUGCGAGGAUGACGAUGUUCGGCCACCCGGUGUGUUUCCUGAACUGUCACCUGCCGGCUCACAUGCGGAACCUGGAGCAGCGCAUGGAGGACUUUGGGAGCAUUCUGCAGCAACAGCAGUUUGAGGGCGGGACUGCCUCGGGUGUGCUGGACCACGAUGUGGUGUUCUGGUUUGGAGAUCUUAACUUCCGCAUAGAGGACUAUGACAUUCAUGUGGUGAAGAGUGCCAUUGACAGCAAUAAACUACCUUUGCUGUGGGAGAGAGACCAGCUCAACAUAGCCAAAAACAGUGAGUCCAUCUUAGAUGGCUUCUUAGAAGGCCCUCUCAACUUCCCCCCCACAUAUAAGUUUGAUGUGGGGACACACACAUACGACACCAGCAGUAAGAAGCGAAAGCCAGCAUGGACAGACCGUAUCCUGUGGCGUCUGCGUUGUACGGGCUCCCCUGUUCCUACCCACAAUGCGGCGCUGCAGCGCGGCCUGACCUCUUGGCUGGGUGGGGCAACCAAGGUGGUGCAACACUCCUACCGCAGUCACAUGGGCUACACCUGCAGCGACCACAAGCCUGUCUCUGCUGUCUUCUCAUUACAUUUCCCAUUUAAAGUGGACCUUCCUCUUGUAACGUUAGAGUAUGUGAAGGAGUGGACUAAGGUUUCUGAUGCCACGGUCAGAUUCACUGUGAUGUCCAACUUCCAGCGCAGCUCAUGGGACUGGGUUGCAAUAUACAAGGUUGGGUUCAAACAUCACAAGGACUAUGUAACAUAUGUGUGGGCCAAAGCAGAUCAUGGGUCACAGGUGACAUUUACAGAGGAGGAUUUACCCAGGGAUGAAGGGGAAUACAUUUUGGGUUUCUACAGUAAUAACAUGAACACUAUUAUCGGCGUGACAUCGCCCUUUCAGAUCCAUGUUCCUGUGCACAGCCCGACAGCCCCACCAGUAUGCCGCUCAGACAGUUCUGACGUCAGCUCGGAGGAUGACAGCACACUGGUCCUGCUGGCCCCUGCUAGCUCCCGCAGCCCAAGCCCUGGAAAAAGAAAACACCACCAUCGCCGCAGCCGCAGUCCUGCUCACUCCAACACCCCCAUGCCCUCCCUGCAGGGCCUCAGCCUGCAUCCUCGUCCCCUAGAGGGGCUCCCAAGCAGCCGCUCGCCCUGCUCUGCUGCUAAGAAGGAGCGCCUGGUUUCCCCCCAGGACACCCUGCCGUCGCCCAUCAGCCCGCUCACCCCCCGCAGCCCUGUGUCCCCUGGAGGCGGGGUCUCAGCCCCAGAGGCUCUAAUCGCUGCCAUCCUGGGGGAGCAUAGACAAACUCAGGUCACCCCCACAGGGGGCAGGUCACCAGGCAAGACUGGAGAGACAAGUUUAUGAGGAGCCCAACCAACAAUAUCUGUGGGGUCAUGAAUAUGCAGAGACAUUAAAGGUUGAAUUCAAUCCAUAUCGAAGAAUUCUUGUAGCAUUAUAGCUCAAAAUUUAAAGGCAAUGUUCCCGCUUUCACGGAGACUGUGUUCACGGAAAACGCUGCAUAUGUUCGGCUCAAUCGGAAAUUACCCUUAAAUUUGUUUCUGCGAUACAGAUUGAAUCUAGCCCUAAGAUAAGACUGUUGAAAUGAGGCCAGUAAAGACCAUAUGAUGAUAGUAUCUAGGGCUGAUAUGGUCCAUUAUUUCUAUGCUGAUCUGACCUCACACUGUCACUGCACUCAUAAAAGCAGUGCAUUGUACGAGAUGUAGUUUGCAACAUUCCACAUGGUGGUCAACCAGUUGUCUCUAUUUCUUAAAACCUGUUAAAUGUAAUGUCAAAAUGUAGAUUUCUGCCUAAAUAGACAUACCCAAAAGUAAUUAUUUAUCAUGAGAGGGCCAUAAACAAUACCAGCUAAUGCUUAUACUGCCAGAAAGAUUACAAUCCCACCAUUCUGGUAAAAAUAGUUAUAAAUUGCUAAGGUGUAGUCACUUUUGAGGAUACAAGCUCAAGUACACUGUGCAAAUAUGAAAAUAUGAAACAUCAUAUAUGUAUUUGUUUUCCUAUUCAACAAAAGUGGGGGAAUAUGGAUUAUGGAUUUUAAUUAUUGAAAUGCUUUCAAAAUAUAGUUACAAUGAAAUUAUAAAUGACUUACUCUAAGAUUUCACCUUAUAACUAAAAUAAAUAUGAUCAUACAAAAUUGGCACCAUUUCAAAUAACUGACGACAGAGACUUUUCACCCCAACAUCCUCUGAGCGACGCAGAGACGCCAUUCAAAUUCCAGCAGACUCGUGACGCCAGCUUUAAGCACAAAGUGAUUUCCUCCCACUGUGACCAAGAGAAAGUCCCAUUGUUUCAAUUCUACGAAAUUAUUUUUUAUUUUUUCAUGUUGUGAGCUCUAAAUCCAUCUGAGAACAUUACAGCGAGAUGAGACCGCUUUAUCUGCAAUCGCUAGGCUCUCCGUUUCAUAUGCAAUUUCACAUACUGCAUCUCAGCUGAGAGCGGAGAGCAGCAUGAGAAGAGUGACAACCAGAGCUUUCACGGAGUGCACAGCAAUUGAUGUUGCGCCGUUCGCAGAGCGCUCUGUACACAAACAUGUUGUUCGGAACUGCUGAAAGUCCCCUAAAUAUGGGGCUUUACAUCUAAGAGCAAUCUACUUAUCAGUGACUCCAUCCUGUAGGGGGCUAGUCCAAAUCGCUAAAAGUUUAAGCGUUACCCCAAGAAGUGCUACACAGACUCGUAUCAAUACUGUAUGUACACAAAUGUAAAACCAAAGCAAGAGUAAAUCUGCAAUGUACAUUAUUGUUGUUAUAUAGUAAGUUGAAGGGAUGUCUAUAAAUAUGCUCUACCUAUCGGCCUGGAUCACUUGGUGUGGUAUGAUAUCUGUCUUUCUAUACUCCCAAGCUCCAGCUUAUAUUAAAGUGGUUUGUUUCUGAAUCUUCCCAUCUUGUGUGUAUAUGUGUAGCACUGUACAUGUUUGAGAAAAGAAUAUUGUCUUAUUUUCAGAGCGUUAAGACUUCUAAUGGUUUAGUGGUUUGUUUUGGUUGUUGAAAUAUUGGUUGUGUGAGGGUGUGUGAAGAAAAUAAAACAAACAACAUGAAAAAGAGACUUGAUUUUGUAUUAUCAUGCACAGAACAUUCAAUUGGACAGCUCAUAAUUAUUAUGUGCAAAGAGUCCACAGGUUUUGUAACAAUGAUCUAGAUAUUUUCAUAUUGCACAUGUGAGGUUUAACUCAUUGUCAUCAUAUAUUCUGCAAACUAGAAGGUUAAUAUGUAACUGUAACUGCCAUCUUCUGGUCAGCUUCUUCUUUUCACACAGUCUGUCACACAAUGUUUGGUGUAACCUACUUAUGUUCCAAAUUUUUCUG